AUGACCAAGAAAAUAUUUUUAGAUAACACCAUAGAAUUUCUAAAAGGAAGGGUUUAUCUUGGUGCAUACGACUACAUACCGGAAAACACCGAUGAUAUCACAUUUUUCACAAUGGAGGAUGAAUUGUUUUACAAUAGUUUCCAUUUAGAUUUUGGUCCCUUCCAUAUUGGACAUUUAUACAGAUUUGCAGUCAGAUUGCAUGACUUACUAACGAGAAAGGAAAACCAGGGCAAGGCUGUUGUUUUUUAUUCAUCCACCUCCACCAGGCAAAGAGCUAAUGCAGCUUGCUUGCUAUGUUGCUAUAUGAUUUUAAUUCAAAGCUGGGCACCACAUCAAGUUUUGCAACCUUUGGCCCAAGUUGAUCCACCGUUUAUGCCAUUUAGAGAUGCCGGGUAUUCCAAUGCAGAUUUCGAAGUUUCUAUUCAAAACAUAUGCUAUGGGUGCUGGCGUGCUAAAGAAUGUGGGUUGGUUGAUUUGCAAAAAUUCGAUUUGGAUAGUUAUGAGUACUACGAAAGGGUAGAAAAUGGUGACUUGAAUAUUUUAACACCGAAUUUCAUAGCAUUUGCAUCUCCUAGAGAGGAUGAUUCUAACAUAAUGUCUACUAGGAUUAAUAGAGGCUUCCGCAAAGUUUUAGAUGCGUUUCAUAAAACCAAUGUCAAGUUGGUGGUUAGAUUGAAUUCGCACUUGUACAAUAAGCAGCAUUUUGAGAAUAUUGGCAUCAAGCAUUUAGAUAUGAUAUUUGAGGAUGGCACAUGUCCAGAUUUAUCUAUCGUUACUAAUUUUAUCGGAUGUGUGGAGACGAUUAUUAAUAAUUUUGAAAAUAGUAACAGUACUAAUAAUAAAAACGGUGAUGAAGAUGAACUACAACCGAAAAUAGCCAUUCAUUGUAAAGCAGGGUUAGGUAGAACUGGUUGUUUAAUUGGGGCAUAUUUGAUUUAUAAACAUGGUUUCACCGCUGAGGAAUGUAUAGGCUUUUUAAGAUUUAUUAGACCAGGGAUGGUUGUUGGUCCACAACAGCAUUGGUUGUAUUUAAACCAACAAACAUUUAGAGAAUGGAAAUAUACAAUGAGAUUAGGUUUGGAGCCAAGUGAUUUAAUUGGUGGGUUGUAUCCACUAAUAACUUUAGAUGAAUACAGGAUUCAAAGAAAAAGACUACAACAUCAAAGCCAAAUCCAAAGCAACACAAGUAAUAGUCUAAUAAUAAAUGAAAAUAAAGAAAAUACCAGUGCAUAUGACCUAAGUGGUAUUUUAGUUCCACCAGAAACUGCAUCACCAACAAGAAGUUUGAAACACGGGGUUCCAUUACGCUCGCCUGGCCAGCCGAGAAAGGGACAUGGCUCAAAUACUAUUGAAGAUAUCAAUGAAUCGCCAUCAUCUCAUCGCCAUCAUAUGAACAACAGUCAUCAUCAUCAUAUGAACAAAAACAAUAAUAGUCAUAAUAUUAGCAAUGAUAGAACAAUAGAGGGUAAUACUGAUAAUGACAUAAGCAUGGGUAAUAGCAGAAGAAAUGUCACACCAAUAGAUGAGAAUGAUAUGAGACGUAUAUAUGUUGCUAAACAACAACAACGGAAAUCAAUGUUAAUUAAUAAUACAACACGAAAUGUCAGUGGAGGAAGUGUAAGGAAAACAUCAGGCAGCAAGAAAUUUUAA